AAAAACGUUUCCCAUUCCCCAAUUUGCUUAUGAAACUGAAAUGUACAUCACAAGAGCCACGGAAUAAUUCAAGAAGAGCGGAACUCUCCUGACUUCCUCAAAAAUCAAGGCAGAUGUACUUGAGAAGCUAGUUGAAAAUAUAUAUGCAUAUACUGCCUAUCCAUCCAGUGCUCAAAUAAGCGAUGUUGCUGAGGCUCUCGUCACAAAAUUUCCAUGUCUCAAGGAACCUGGCUCGUACUCUGGAUUCUACGGCUGGCAACAAAGCAUAAAAUACAAGAUGGCCAAUUAUCGCACCAAACUUCGUGGCUAUGGUGUUCCUGAGGUUUUAUGCAAUGCACUCAAACGCAAGAGCUCUGCUGACCAGAGGUCAGCUAAAAAUGUGAAAAAGCCUCGAAAGGCUGAGAUCAACUACCUCCCUCCUUACCCAGCAGGUGAGGAUGAAAACAGUCAAGAACAAGUGAGGAUUCAGUUGCUCAGUGAAGUCAUGAAGAGGGACAACAACAAGAUAAUAAAAGAAAAAAUGGCAAAGACAUUUGCCCACAGAAGAAAUGAAAUCAUCAACCAUUCACCAUGCAUUGAAGACAUCAAAGCCAGAUGGCCAGCUCUUUUUGAGCCAUCUCCUUUUCAGGAUGAGUUUCUUAGGAUCACGAUGGUCAGCCUUGAAUCCCAGUUCAUGUUUAAGCUUGAUGAAUACACUCCCAGACUGCUGAAAAUCUUCCACUCCAAGGGCGGAAGUAUGGGUUUGAAGUUACAGUCCAUCCUACUCAAGGAUGCUGAUGAAGACAGUGUGGCACGGGACCUGGCUGUACAAAGCAUGAAGAUCUACAGAAUCAAGACCAAUGUGUCAGAGGACCCUGAAGACAUUGGAAUUGUGGUUGACGGUGUCAAAGCUCUUACUGCUUUGAAGAACUUUCCCAGGGCCUGCUCCAUGCUUGUUGGGCUGACAUAUGCAGUGGAUCUUGCCUAUCCAAAGGAGCUUUGA